AUGGCUUCUGCAAACACAAAAAAAAUUAUUGAAUACACAUAUUGUGCUGAGCAACGUAAAGCUAAAGAUUUUUCGACACAAUAUUGGAUAAAUAACGAACGACAACAGUGUAAUUAUUAUACUUUAAUCACUAAUAAUGAAACAUUCAAAAACCAAAGCACACGUAUAAUAUAUUCAUUUGUAGAGAACGGUGCUGAAUGUAACUUAUUACGUCGCAACGCUUAUCUUUUGAAAGUAGCAAAUGCAAUAACUUUUUUUGGUAAAGAAUAUAUUAUUCUCGAUUUAAAUGAGUUUUGCAGAACUUCUAUAAAUGAAAAUUCCGCAGAUGGAAGACCAGGAUAUUCUGUGCCAGAAUUUCGUCAAUGGCACGAUGUGACGAAAUAUAUUGGUGAUCGUGACAGUCCAAGAAUUCCUGCUUGGGAACGCGAGAAGAAACAAAAGGUUUAUGACCAAAUAACUAGAAUAGCUAACAACAACGGAAUAUGUGAUGAAUAUUGGGAAGCUCUCAAAUCAUUGUAUGAUGAGAGAAAUUUAGCUUGCCAUGCACCGGCGAGUGAAGCCGACGCAGAAAGUAUUAAAAUAUAUGCAAAUUAUGUUAAUAAUGAACAUGAAAAACAAGGUGUCAAUUGUUUAUCCGAUUUGGUUCUCACUAAACUUGGAAGCAAUAAAAGAGGAAGAAAAUAA